AAAUCAGUUCGUUGUUUUCCGCUGCGGCAUAGUUAUCGUAACAGUAUACAUGGCGCGCUGAGCUGAGCACCGCAGAGUAGUGGGCAUUUGAAUAUUUGAAUUUCGUUUGUGCCGCGUACAAACGGCGCGUUGGAGUGGUGAAUUUUCCAAUAACUGUAAUUGAGAAUGCCGUCGAAAAGUGUUUUCCCAACAAAAAAUAAAAAGUGAUUUCCAUUCAUACACAACAACAACAACAAGCACACAGUUCGGUGCAAAUAAGUAAGGGUGGUGAUAGCAGCAGCGCAUCAGCAGUAGUCACAGCGUCCGCCCCGUUCUACAGCAGCAGCAGCAGCAGCACCAGUAGAUAGUUGUAGCAACAGCCACAGCAGUAGCAGCAUUAAGCAGCGCGUGUUCUCGUACUCUCUCACGCCAUACGCCAAAAGCGUUGUGUUAUUUUUGUAACUGAUAUUUGUACAACACUUUGUUAUUCUCGUGCUUGUGAGUGUGUGUGUAUGCGCGCGUGUGUUUCAUUAGGGUGUUUGUUUUGUUUGUUGUUCGCUCAAUAGCCGAAAAGCGCACAGCAUAGCAGCAGCAGCUCACUCACAGCGCAGCGUGCAGUCAACAUAGUCAACACACAAACGUAUAAACAUACAAACAGACAGACAGACAUUCGUACUUAGUGGUGUAGAUAUCCACUACUCAUCCAGUCGAUACAUUUGCGUUUCAAAUUUGAUUUCAAUUCAGAUACGUCUCGUUAACAAAGCAGACGCGUUUCCGUUUUCCGCUACCACUGUGAUUGCCGCCAUAAUAUCAUACGUUGACUUUGAUUGUAGAAUUCUUCAAAGUGUUGUUUGUUCUGAGAAAUCGAAAUUUCACUACUUCCCAGGUAGUUCGUGUCAAUGUGUGCGACAGUGCAUUAAGAAUUGUGAAUUAAAAGUGGCUACAGCUUAGCCUAAUUACGCGCACGGAUUAAAUUAUUAGCAGACUAAGCCAGUGCGAAUCCGUACAAAGCGCUAACUAAACAGAGUGAACUGUAUGCAUGCAAAGACGCAUGUGUGUGAGUGUUUUUAUUACGCGUAAAAAAAUUUCAAAAUAAAAAAAAACUGAAGCGCUUUAACACGCUUAAGCUUUAACUACAUAUUUUGUAAAUUUGCGUUUCCGUGACCGAGAAAAAUUUUUUAUUUGUUAUAAACAUAUAUAAUAAUAUUAUUUAAAAUAAAUAUUUUAUUGUGAAAAAUAAGUAAAAAUUAACAAGAACAAAAUAGUGACAACAACAUUAGAGGUUCUAAGAAAUCUAUAUCAAAAAAGUGACAGAAAUAUUGCUAACUUUUUUUCCAUUGAAAGUAAACAAAUCAUUUGUGCGCGAAUUAAUUUUAAAAAAAUUACCAUAAAUAAAAGAAACCAGUUUUCUACAAAAAAUUCUCAAAAAACAAAAACAAUAACAACACUGUUACCGUUUUAUAAAAUACACGCUAUUUUUACAACGCGCCACAUAAAUUUCCCGUUGUAUCUUCGAUUUGUCGCGUCGUCAUUCCAUUUGAUUUAUGCGUCUUCAACCGCAUACGACCCGUCGGCCAAUCACCAAUGUGCAGUGGCAGUAAAUUAGUGCUACGCAACACACAAAUCAACAAUUUAAAUUACAACUACAAAAAAUCUAAAGUAUAAUAAAAAAAACUAUAUAUCUGUGCGCGUGGAGAAAUCUGUAAACUUGUCAGCUGGGUUCGAUUCAUUAUAAGUGGAUUAAACUCGGUGGAUAUCUGCCACCUUGUGCUCAAAGCAAUUAAUUUCCUAUUGAUCAACGUACGUAUUUACGCCACGCCCCAAACGCCGCACAGUUGCUGGCCAACGGCACAAUCAUCGAUCGCAUUAACGACCGUACGGCGCCGCACACAGCGUCCGCGUACGUGCCGACCAAUAUUACGCCAACGUUAGACUAUACCGGCCUCACCACGACGACUACAUUUUUGCAACACUUCAAGGACGUCGUCACGACGAAGUUCUCCGGCAGAGAUCACCACCUGCCACCACUGCAUCCGCACGCACACCCGCACCAGCAGUCGGCCGCACUGCAUCACCAUCAGCCACAUCAGUCUGUGGCGCAGAGCUUUUCCACCAUUUUUCCCACGUACUUAGGCAUGGAUCGCGCCGGUGGCGGCGGCGGUGGUGCCGUCGCUGCUGGCAGCGGUCUGGGUUCCCUACACAAUUCAGCUGGUACCGGCGGCGGUGGUGCAUUGAAUGGUCUGGAAGCCAUGUCAGCCGAAUCGACUGGUCUUUGCUUGCAAGAUUUAGUGAGCGCCGGCACAGCAGCGGGUGCUGGAUCCGCUGGCUCUGCUGAGAGUACCAACACAACAAGCACUGCACUAAGUAGCGGCAGUACUGGCAGUUCAACGGUGAAUGGUAGCGCUGGUUCGGCCACUGGUCAAGAACAUUUACACAAUCAUCACAGUCUACAUGACUCCAAUUCGUCGGUUAGCAUUUCACCUGCCAUUUCGAGUCUGAUGCCAAUCGGUAGUCUUAGUCACUUGCAUCAUACAGCCGGUCAGGAUUUGGUAAGCGGUUAUCCGCAGCAUCCACAUCACGCUGUGGUGCCACCGCAUACGCCGAAACAUGAGCCGCUCGAGAAACUGAGAAGUUUAUUCUUUUCAGUUUGGGCCGAGACUGGCGAUUUUCGUGAUAGUCAUAGUUCCAUGACCGCUGUAGCAAAUAGUUUGGAUAGCACACAUUUAAAUAAUUUUCAAACAUCAUCAUCAUCAACGUUAUCGAAUCGUAAUCGUGAUCGUAAGGAUGGUAAUCGCUCUGUGAAUGAGACCACAAUCAAAACCGAAAACAUAUCAAAUUCCGGUCAUGACGAACCGAUGACAACCACCACGGAUGAGCCGAAAAACGAUAAGAAAAACAAACGUCAACGCCGCCAGCGUACACAUUUCACAUCACAGCAAUUGCAAGAGCUGGAGCAUACAUUCAGCCGAAAUCGUUAUCCGGAUAUGUCGACACGCGAAGAGAUUGCCAUGUGGACAAAUUUGACCGAAGCACGUGUUAGGGUGUGGUUCAAGAAUCGUCGUGCUAAGUGGCGUAAGCGUGAGCGCAAUGCCAUGAACGCAGCCGUCGCUGCCGCCGAUUUCAAAUCCGGUUUCGGUUCACAAUUUAUGCAGCCCUUCGCCGAUGAUUCGCUCUAUUCAUCAUAUCCCUAUAAUAACUGGACCAAGGUGCCAUCACCGUUGGGCACGAAACCCUUCCCAUGGCCGGUCAAUCCACUCGGCUCCAUGGUGACCACCAAUCAUCAUCAGAAUUCAGUGAAUUGCUUCAAUACCGGCGCUAGCGGUGUGGCGGUCAGCAUGAAUAACUCCAUGUUGCCAGGCUCGAUGGGCUCUACGCUGACCAACAGCAAUGUCGGCGCCGCACCAUGCCCCUAUACCACGCCCGCCAAUCCUUACAUGUAUCGCGCCGCCGCCGAACCCUGCAUGACGUCGAGCAUGUCAUCGAGUAUCGCUACGCUACGCCUAAAGGCCAAACAACAUACCACCGGUUUUGCCAGUCCCUAUUCGGCCCCAUCACCAGUGUCGCGUUCCAAUUCGGCGGGUCUGUCCGCAUGCCAGUACACCGGUGUGACUGAUGUUGUCUGAGAAAACGCCCUCGGGGCGCUACUCAAUCAACAUCAACAUCAUUUGCAUCACUUCUCCGCCAGCAGUGGUGGCGGUGUGUCCGCACAUUCGCCCAAUCUCAACAAUAAUUUACAUCAUUUGCACAACAAUAAUAACAAUAACAACUUGUUGAAUAACAACAACCUGCUGCUCGAUCAUAAUGGGGAGCUGAGUGUGGGCGUGGGUGGUCUGGUGGGUGUUAACGGUGUACACAAUAACAAAUCACCGCUGGCACAUCAACAACAACAACACAGUGAUAUGGGGGAUGGCAACGGUGGCCGAGGCGGCAAUGGUGGUGGCGCAAAUAACGUUCUAUUGGGGCCGAAUGUCAAUACUGAUGGCGGCGAAGAGGUGGAGGAGGUCAUCGACUAAAGAUGCUGAAUGUAUGUGGUUUGGAAUGGGUAGAGUUACUAUAUGUCAAAUAAAUAAAUAAAUAACGGACACUUUUAAGAUGAAUGAUUAACACAACUGCAGCUCUCAAACUGUUUGAGAGACUUGUAAAGAGUAGUGUAAAAUAAUUAUUUGAAAAAAAAACAAAAAAAAAAUAAAGAAAAAAAUUAAACUAUUUGUUACAAUACUUGUAAAAUAUUGAUUAACUAAAGUGCAUACAGAUGUUUAGUGUUAAGUAAUUGAAUUAAUUGUAGUUAAAAUGACGAACAUUUGUAUUGAGAUAUAAAAUA